AUGCUGUUCAACCUGCUCGGAAAGGCAAACAAACGGCCUGCUUCCUCCAGCUCGUCCAAGUCCCGCCGUCGCAAAGAUGAGCACGGCCACCGCUCCUCAACUUCAGGCACGGGGCGCAAGUCUACUCCCUCUACUUCCCGAGGUGACGAUCGUGGAAUAGCAGAUGAUGACUACGUCCCUGCUUCCUCAAAUUACUCCUCUAGCAGACAUGACCGCGAUGAUGCGGGUAGGUCGACUGUUUCUAGCUAUGCGACGGCAGACUCAAAAGCGAGGUUCGAGGAGGAUUAUAAUCGGUCAAUGCCGGGUUCGCGCAGGGCGGAGAGGACCGCAAAUUGGCAUGAUGAAAUUGAUUCCCGCAAUGACGAGAGGGGUCUUGAUGACCGUAGGAUUCGGUAUGAGCGCUCAAGGAGUGGCGAUCGAGAUGAGAAGAGGCAUCAGCUGGAGAAGGAGCGGGAAAGAGAAGAGAAGCCACGCCGUCGAGCUAAGUCUCAGGUAAUUAUUAACAAUCCCACUGAAUACUCUCGUAGUCGGGCUGGGCCAAUGUCAUCCGGAGAUCAAGGAUUUAUGGGGCAGCCUGGAUUCUCGCAGUUUCCUAUGCAAUACGACAAUACUUCCCUGGGCGCAAUGCCAGAACCUGGACCCUCACCAGAUUCUCACCGAAUACCUGUUUCACACCCUUCUCAAUUACCCCAUCAACAAAUCUCUCUUUGUCCUUCUCCGUCUCCAGGCCAAGCGGCGGACUAUUAUGGAGAUCAGGGGCAAUCAGUAGCAUCACAGCCUGGUGUUAGGCCCAACCCCCCUUCACUUAUUGUGGGAGCGGAGCCGCAUUUGAUGGCUGCUUCAUCAACACCAAAUCCCCCAACUGAACCAUCUUCGAUGGGACAAACGGGCCAAGCAGCAGACUAUUACGGUGGUGCUUCAACAAUUGAUCAACAACAUAACGACGGUCACGGAGAAUCAGUCCACUAUUUACAAGAGCUGUCGCCCAAACCCUCCAAGCCUUCAAAGCCCUCAAUUCCUGCUGCGGCAGCAGUGGCAGGAGUAGCAACUUAUGGUAUUGGGUCGAUGCUGGGAGGCUCCAAUGAACACACUGCAAUGACUUCAUCGUCAUGUCCCUAUCAUCACCCACCACCUCCGCAUCAGCCUCAGCAGCCAUAUUAUCCUCCAACAAAUGGUUCACGCCCCCCAAAACCAAACAAGCACAAUUUUAUGCCUGCAGAGGGUGCUGCCACGACAGGAGCUGUUUCAGGAUACGCCGCUGCGACAAGCCACACACCAACUUUCCCGCGGCCCAACAGUUUCUCUGGUGUCGCACACCAUCACCAAGGCCAAUCUGUCCAACUAGGACCGUCAGGUCAACCAGGCUCGCUGGCUUACCAUCAACGCCAUUACGGCCCAUUCAGACGGUUUGUCAAUUUCUGGAAGGAUCCAGAGGCUGUCGCCCAGUUCGAAGAAUAUUCAGAAUAUAUCGGUGUUUGCAAGUUCUGUUUUGAACCAGGUACUUCUCCAAGGGAUGCACCUCGGAAGCAUGUACCCAGACGUCGUCGAUAUUCCGAUGAGCACCGGGAUAGUCAUGUUAGAGUGGACAAGCUGAGUCGAUACCCAUCCUCAUCUGGAGACGAGAGCCGAGGCAAGAAAUCUAACCGAAAAUCUUGGUUUGCCGCUGGUCUUGCUGGUUACGUUGCAAAAUCUCUCCUUGAAGGAAAGGAUGGAUAUGAUGGUUCAUACAGUGCUCGUUCCGGACAGCCUGCUAGUGAUACUACAAGCACCAGUACCACGUCUUUAAGGAAGAAGAGCCGUACGUCUAGGGGAACUACGAAACACUUAAAUCGAACUGGUUCCCCGGUGGGAAUUGUUAGUCAUGAAUACGGAAGAGAUGAUAAAAGCCGUUAUAGUGGUUCGGGUGGAAAAUAUUCGAAUGGAGACGAUAGUCGACGCCGAUCACGGUCGCGUUCCCGCUCCCGCUCCCGAUCAAAAUCUCGAGAGAGGGGCUCUUCCGGCUUGAAAACAGCAACCGUGGCUGCUGGGGCUCUUGGAGCCGCAUCUGUAUUAACAUCCGGGUCGCGUAGAAGCCGUGGCAGGUCUCCAAAAAAAUUGAGCCGCAGUCGAUAUUUGUCGUCGAACGGAUCCACCAUUGAUAUUUCUCGCAGCUAUGGAAAACCAGGCCUCUCGGGGUUGGCAUCCUUCUUCACCGCACCAUCUGAGAAGCGGCCAAAAACUCCAAAGGUACACAUUGUUAAGGAGAAGGUGAAGAAGAAGAAAAAGGCGAGAAAAGGAAUUUUUAACUUUUCUUCCUCUCUUUCCGCAGGGUCGUCUGCGUCUUCAUUUACGUCUUCAUCCGAUGAUGCUGACAUGGCUUUUGGGACUGGGUUUAUCGGAGCUCCACAUUCGGAGAAAGAGAAAUCCCGACCGGAACGCAAUGAUAAAGUUGAUGCAGCUCUACUAGGACUAGGAGCCACCGCUGUUCGCCUGGCAGCUUCUGCUUCCUAUAUCAACUACGGCAAGGGUAGGCAAGAUGGUUCUUCCAGCCACAGUUCUCCAGGCCCAUAUUCGAUCUACAGACAUGAUUCCCGGCCUCCUGUCAUCUCGGGUCCGGCUGAGGAGGAUGGCUGGGUAUCUGCAUCUGAUGAUUCUUCCCAAUCAAGUGUAGAUUCCGCAUUGGCUUACGGUGGCCCGUCGACAUCUUUCUCCUCCUCCUCGGACUCAGGCACUUCUAAAUGGGGCUGGAGGUGGGGUAGUAAGAAAAAGAGCUUAAAGUCUACGAAGUAUCGAGACCAUCGGUACCCUGACACGCGACAGCAUGCUCAGCCGCUUCCUGUAGCCGGAUAUUCAUUCCCACCACAACCACCCAGCACUGUGGGGAGCCUCCUGUCUAUGCAGAAUGUCUAUCCAAUACCAACGCAGGAUCCAUCCCAGUAUGAUGUCACGAACAAAAGUUCUUAUUCUUCUUCUCAACCCUACGUCCAACCGCAAGCUCCUCCGCUAAUUAGCCAAGCAUCCGGACCCGCGCACAUUCAACAUCCUCAGCCAAUAGUACCUGUCUCUCAGGCUCUAUAUACAACACAAGCAGAACUAGCGCAAUCCCACGAUGCUCCAAGAGGUCCACCAUUUCUCCCAAGAUCCUCAGGCGAGUCUGAUAAUCGCUGUGUCACCGAGUCGCAAUCUGGGGUUAGAUACGGGAUCGCUCCAUUAGUGGAUAAAGCAGAGAGGAGUAGGUACUAUCGUGACAGUAACAAGCGUUCUAAUUCUUCUCCCAAUGCGAGGGAGAGUGAGCUGCGGCGAAGAGACUCAUCGCCUGUGAUUUCCCACACUCGUGAUGAAAGUCCUAGACCAAAGCAGCACAGGCGCUACACUACCUCGCAAGUCCAGUUCGAUCUUACGGAGGAGCAGGAGGACAAAGAGCGUCGGCAGUUGCGUGAGGAGGAGGAGCGGGAGACGAGGCGAAGGGAAGGGGAGUUUCGUUUACAUGUGGAGGAGGAAAGGAGGGAGAGGAAGAAGGAGAAGGAUGGUCGAUGUGCUGACUGGGAGUGUGAAACUGAGCGCCAGUAUGAGCCUCUGGAUAGGAAGUCUUUUGACAUAGAUACUAGUGGUGAGCGUGGGGAUGUGUCUACGGGGUCUUCCUGGAUGACUCCUGUUGCAACUGCUGCAGGCACAGCUUCCAUUGCGUCCUUGAUCAGUGAAUUGGAGGAAAGGAAGCGACGAGAGGAACGGCGCGAGCAGAGGAGAAAGGAGAGACGAGGGUAUAUCGACGAGAGGGAGCCGGAGGCUGAGGAACGGGAAGAAGAAAAGCGAGACCAUGAUUCAUCUGCUGGACCAACAGGUAAGGAUAAAGUUACUGAGACCGAAUUGGAAUUUAACAUUAAAGAUAUUCCCGCAACGAAAAUCCGCCUUGCGAGAAAGGCUGCUGGUCGCGUUGCAGCGUCACCUGUUCAUCAUGAUAACUAUGCAGACUAUUUCAUUCCCCCAGAGGUACUUUCGGGUGGAGAUGAGACUUCUAUCCACUCCCACUCCCACUCAGAUGCGGGAUCACCGGGCUCUUCAAGUCCUAAUAUCAUUCUCAUUGAGCCGAGGAGCGUUAGACUCGAGAGAGAAAUGGCUGCGAUGUUGGCGGAGGAGGUAUGGCCGCUGGGAGUUCUCCCAUGGCCCGUUCCACGUCUUAACUUGAUACAUCCUACUCCACCACGUAGUACUGAAGGGUCUGUGAUUGGAGAGGAACACCCACCCCCACCGCCUGUCCCGCCGAAGGUGACUGUUGAUGUGAAACGGGACAUAUCGCCAUCGCGAAAGAGUGAUUCUGUCAUUGAUAUUGAUGAGAGCGGUCGUGUCCGUGAAGUGAAAGGUGAAGUUGAAAUUGCGGAGACGAAGUCUGAGCAGAAGCCUGAGUCGGAGCCGACGCCGGUCAUGGAAUCGCAUAAGGCAGAAGAACCUUUGGGUAAAGUUGCCCACCCGCUCGAAGAAGAGUCAAGAACAUCACAACCUGUCAUUGCUGAGGUUGAAGAUGCCGACGUUGAUGAAGAGAUACCACGUCACGAACAUAUUCCUUGUGGAUUUGGAAAUGACUUUGAAUUCGCUGCCACGCUGGCUGCUGGAGCUACCCUCGCUGGGUUCAAUUCUGCUGUUGUCACUGAAGAUCCUACGUAUCAUCAACGUGACUCACCGCCUGGUUCUGAGGGGGAGGGUGUCUUUACCUCGCCGGUUGCGGAGGCUAUUUUUCGAGGUCGCGGAAGUCCCCCUGGUGUCCAGUAUACGUUGAGGACGUAUGGGUAUGUCGAAGACGAGGAGCUGGGGCCUUCUUAUGGGGAAUUCGCUCAGGAGUCUGUUAGAGAUAGUUCCCACUCAAGAGCAGAGAAUUUUGGUGUUGAUGUGCGUGAAUCUAUUAAGUCAGCUAACGACGCGGGUAUUCAUGGUUUGAAUCCAACAGCUGAAGAUGAUAAGGCUGAAAAAAAUGUAGAAAAAAUGGUGAAGUUGUUGGAAAAGGAAAAGCGGGAAAAAAGCAUAGUGGCUAAGCGGGAGAGUCAGAACCGAGAAGAAACAUGGGAAUCAAUCUCAGAACCUGCACCGCCCAAGAAAGAACAGGAACCUGAGAAGCGAGAAAUCCUCACUGGGAAAGUUCAAGGGCUUGCGGAAAGUCCUGUGGUUGAUAAACCUGUGUGGCCUGCAGAUGCUUUGAUAGAUGACCAUGGGUUCUAUGAUGCCGAGGAGGGAUCACCGCGCCAGUUCGAAUACGAUGCCAACAGUAAAGAAGAGGACAGCGAGGCUGUUCCUGCUACGGCUGAUGAGGAUCAGGAGAGAUCUUCAAAGAAGGAUGACCAAACCAUCGAACCUCGCAAGCUCACCAUUGCUUCUACCCCUUUUGGCCCCCAGGAGGAGGAGUUUGACUCUCAAGAAACGGAAAACCCAUUGAGAACUGAUAAAAAUGAUUAUACCGCAGACGAGCGACCCUCAAUACCAGGAAACUUCUUUGAAGAGCCUAAGCUAUCCAAAAAGACGAAGAAAAAGGCAAAGAAAGCCGCUAGGGAUGCGUUGAUGUACAAUAACAAUUAUUUUGAACCCGACGCUAAAUCAGAAUCUCCACCCACCGGUGUAGAUCUCGACCCUGAACUCGAAUUCGAGACUGCUAAUGUCAGCAGUAAGAAAUUGAAGCGGAACUCGAAGGGCAAGAGUAAACAGUUCGAUUUAGAUGAAGGUGACAAACCCGCUUCUAGUAUAGAUGAUAAUUUCUCCACCUUUCCCACGCGUGCUAUCGAAGAAAAUGGCAAAAAUGAUAAUGAUGGGGAUGACAACGGUACCGAAUCAGUUGCUGCAUCGGUUAGCGUAGACGCCGAUGAAGACGCCGAGUCUAUGAAAACUUCUAAAUCCAAGUUGUCAAAGUCAUCAUCGAAAUCAAAGCGUCGAUCGGAGCGACAUAGUGAGCCUUUCAAUGAAAAUGAUCCUGCGUCUGCAUCUGUUGUGUCCUCCCCUGCUAAACUGGUCGAUGACUCAAAGCCAGAACGGAGGAAGGGAAUGGAUGGCAGUAAAAGGAGCAGCAGUAGUGGUGGCAGUUUCUUUGGUUUCUUUGGGGCUUCUAAGUCUCGGGAUUCUCUAGCUGAAGAGGAGUUGAGGGCAUCGGCGAGGGAUGAACGGUCUGAGACUGGGGUUGGGGAUUUGGAGGAGGCAAGUGUUUCAUCUAGUAAGAGGCGGAGAAAGAAGAGAUCGUCGAAGGGGCGGCUUGAAUGUGAUGAGCUUGAGGGUGAUGAUGACGAUAUAGGAGUUGGUGGGAGUCAUGUAGAUGGCGUGGAGAAGAAUAUUUUGGAUUCUGCGCAUAUUGAUAACAUUGGUGAAGUAGGGGAGAUGGAAUCGCCGUACCAACGUAGGCGGAAGGAUCGAAGACAUCGAUAUGAGGAGAUUGUUGAGUCCGGGAUGAGCGUAGAUGGGCAAAGGAAUGACUCUCACUCUAUAAGAUCUAACGGACAUGAUCAUGAGGACGGUGAUGCUAAUAAGGAUUACACGGAAGAUCAGUCUUUUUUAGGCACGCGCCCCGAAAUGCCAUUUACUCAUGAUGGUGCUUCGGGGCUGCUCGAUUCCACCCUUCAAAAACAAAUAGGAGGGGAUGAGUCUAGGAAUCCUUCUCCUGUCACUACCCCGCGUUCUCAUAUGCCGAGCCGAUCUUCGUCUCCCAUGCACGGCGAGAGGCAUUUCAGCUUACCAUCUCAGUCGCGGAGUUGCCCUGUAUCCUCAUCACCUUCUUCUGCAAAUAAAAAGACUCUGAGUAUACAAGUGGACCCACGAUCGACUUCCCAUAUUAUGGCUUCGCCGACCGCUGUGCCUAUACAUUUCAGGCGCCCGAAGCCAUCUUCCGGUGUUCAGAAAUCUGCAGCUUCAGCUAGCCCCGGCACAGUAGCUGACUUGGCGGACUCUCCGACUUCAAAACUUGGCGGCGGUAGCAAACGACCCAGGUCAACUGAAUUCAAAACUUCCAGGGAGUUCAGGCCUUUGUGGUUAGUGGAGCAGCACGGCUUGCGAAAGUUGGAUAGAGGCCCAGAUGAGCCAUACCCUGCACUUCCUUCGAGUAAAACAACUUCGCGGACGUCCUCUGUAGAGGUUUUGAAAGGCUCUGGUCUUGAACAAGGGUUUAUGCCGGAUGUCCCGUCGUAUGAAACAAUGCCAUUUGUCGAACGAUCACAACGAAGAAGGCCUCUCUCGUUACAACUAGACAACGACAAUGCUCUACAUGAUGCUUAUGUGCUAGAAUCUCAGUUGGCGACCCCCACUGCAGCGAGUAUCUGUUCAGCAGCCCAUAAAAAAGAGAAGCCGAAGCCUGAGUUCCACUCCCCGUCGGAGCUUCUUCUCGAUCCAUUUUUGAGUCAAACACAAUUUCCAGCUUCCCCGACACAAAACCUGUUACCUCCUGAAAUAACUGCUGCAGGUGAAGCGGUUGUUGCAGCUGCGGAUUCGGACUUGGAUUUGGAAAAUUUACUAUCACUACAGCGCUCGUUGACGGCAUCUCCUCAGUUGGGUGAGACCCUGCCUUCGUUGCCAGAGAGUCGUCCCUCUACGUCUCAUUCAGAAAUUGGAUAUAAAUUGCUCACGGGAUAUGCUGAUAUGGAUGAUUCAUUUCCUCCAUUACCGGAGAGUCGUCCAUCCACUUCUCAUACCCAGGUUGGAUCUCAGUUAACUGAAGGACUAAACGCAGGUGUGGUUAUUGGUCUUGGUGCUGGUGUGGCUGCAAAUCUUGCCAGUCCAUCGUCGAGUAAAACUAGAGGUCUAAAAGGGGAUAUAGUAGCUGAAGGCCCGCAUCAUGCUACCGGUAAUAUUGAAGCGAUGAUUGCAACACGAAAGAUAAGUAUUCAGCCGACCAGGGAGGUGGAACCAACAUCAACAUCUGAAAUUGCAAGAGAACGCCCGCUUGAAGUAACCGAUCUGGCUGAUCUAGAUCAAGGAAAUAGGAAUCAGCCUGUGGAUUCUUCAGCUGUGGAAUAUCUAUCUUCUUCACCUAGUGAAACCAUCGUUGAAUUAUCAGAAGGUUCUGUUCCCAGAACUCUAGCUGCUGAGGAAGAGCAUCAACUACAGUUAGAAGCAUCAACAGCAUCAGUUGCUGGUGUCCCAAUAACCGCUGUAGUACAAUCUGAACCAUUUCCCCGGCCUGCAGACUCUAAUUUACCAGACGAGUCCGUUCCUCCAAAGCCAUCGAAGACUAGAGGAGAUGAUAUCCAACUGACGUCCUUGAAGAAUUCAAAAAUGGCGAAGAAAAAUAUGAUGGAUGCUUUCGAGAACACAGAAAUAUUGCAUUCAGGAGAAAAUAUAUCUACAGUCAAACAUCAAUCUGUUUCUUCGGCAAUUGAAGAUGACAAAUGUGACGCUUCACUGACGUCUGAGAUCAAACCGUCACAGGAAAGCCAGGACCUAGUAGCCGUUGAAAGUUCACUCAGGACCGACCUUUUGGAACCACUGGAGCCACAACCAACGGGAGGACUUCUUAUCCCCGAGGAAUUAUCAGGUCAAGUCCCAGCUAAUUCUACAAACUCCGAGUUGGAAUUCUCCAAUCCGAAAAAGAAGGGUAGAAAAGGAAAAGGUAAACAAAGGAAGAAGGCGAGCAAGGUUGUUUCUCAAGAGACCGAGGUUGAAACUCUCACCGAACCGAACCAACUUCCUUGUGAAGAAGAGCCGUCAAGCGAUAGCUUACCUCGCCUAUCGGACAAGGCUGGAGAUCCAACUGAGGAAAAAUUUAUGGAGUUUAACGCGGCGAACAUCCAUCUACCAAAUGGCAAUGAUGAAGAGCUUGCAGAACCAGCAGAAGGCGAAUUCAUCCCCGACCUAAAACAAUAUGGUGAAACUGAAACGAUGGAGCAUGUUUCUCCUCUAGAGAUGGAAGUCUAUGUAUCAACUUUUCAAUCAGCCAAGGAUCCUGAACCUGCCCACAUACCCCUACCAGAGAACGUUACAGAGCUCGAAGAUCUAACCGAGAAUGAGUAUAUCUCGGAUCCGAGUAAACCUGAGCAUAAAGAAAAGCUGGAGCAUGUUUCUCGUCUUCCCGGGGAAAAAGUUCAGGAUCCAACUCCGCUGCCAACUAGAAAACUGGACCUUACCGGACUGCCUCUGCAGGCCAAUGAUUCAGAGAACGAGAUAUCAGUAAUUACAGAACCAAACCGGUCCGACCUAAAAGAAAAGCUGGAGGUUGUAAUUUCACCCCCUAAGAGAAAGGUUGAGGGACCAACUUUUCAACCACCUGAAGAAAUUGACUCUGCAACUAUACCUCUACAAGAAGACAAGAAAGAAAUUUACGGAUUUUUGGAGGCGGCAGAAUAUCCUUUCGGUCAACCACCUCCUGUUGCAGUCGAGAUAUCCCAACCAGCUGAUAUCGUCUCAGAGGACUAUGAAGAUAAUUCCUUGUUGCCGAAAUCGCUUAAGUCUCUCGCCUCUGAGUUACCUCUGGAGGGUGAAGUGCCUCACAUUGAAUUUUCCGUUGACAAUACCGAAAGAUAUACAUGGCAGCCAAAUAAGAAAAAGGGAAAGAAAGGAAAGAAGGGCCGCAAAUCUACUGUGGGGGAGACUGCAACUGGCGAUUUUAGGGCUUCAGAAGCGGAAGCGAGCAAAGAAGCUAAGUCGGAACAACCUGCAUGUACCGUCGAUUCUUCCGUUCAUGACAUAAAGGAGCUUGAGUCAUUACCACAGUUUCCAGAGGGAGUUGACACUGGGCCUCCGUUGGAGAAGGCAACAAAUAAGAGUGCAGAGAUGAGUGCAACCAAUUACGUCUCACCACAUCCGAUAGGCGAAGUCGAUAUCCAAAUUGACACGUCUACAAAGGCUUUUAAAAAUCAAAAAAGAAAGGGUAAGGAGAAACAGAAGUUAUUGGAAGCCCCAGAGGGUCCACCAAUUCAGUCAGGUUCUUCAAAUGACAUUCCAUUAGUCGACAUUGUUACGGAGCAAAGGACUGAGUAUGUGCCCAAACCUGAGAAAUUAACGCCGGAGAAAGACAUCGUUAUGGGGGAAGCUACACCAGCGGGUUUACCCAAUGACGUUAACAAGGACAGGCAACCAGUGGAUGAUGUGCAUCCAUCGUCUCAUCUGAAGGAUGUAGAAGAUCCAAUUAUAAACACAAGAGCGUAUCCAUUGGCUGAAAAUUACCUCACCUCCCAGAAUACUGAACAAGAUAUUGGUCGAGACUCUCCCGCAGAUACCGCUAUUGCGGGGAACGCCCUUGAACCUUCCCACUGCGACGAAGAGCUUGUUUCUAAGGAACUUGAGAGCGAUAAGUUGUUCCAACAUCAUACACCUGCAAUUGACAUUCAAAAAUCAAAGAAAGGGAAGAAGAGUAGAAGGAAGCGCCAAUCAGUAAUUUUGGGUGAUGAGGCCUCUGGAGUCGAAAGUUUUCAGCCAAAGUCCGCGUCACUCCAUGGGAGUGAUGCCAAUAAUCCUCAACUUGAAAUAGAGCCACUCCCUUUUACUUCCCUUAGCAAUCCUGGAACUGAAGCAUCAAAAAGCUCGAAAGAAAAGCGGAAAGCCAAAAAGGACAAGAAGUGGACAACUGAUGACCCUUCUACAACUGAAGAACAUCAACUGUCUAAGAGACCCGAGCGUGCUGAUACUGAUUCAACUUCAGAGCCUUUGAGGCAUUCAAGGAUUGUGGAAAUAGAAUCUCUGGCGAAACCAACGUCUCAUUUACCCGAAGAUGGGAAGAUUGAAACCUCUAUAGCAGAGCUUUCUGAAGCUCAAUCAAUUUCCAUCCGAGAUGCCUCAGACAUGCCUGCCAUCCCCGGUGCAUGGGCGGACGACGACGAUCAAGUUCUCGACACUUUAGGCAUAGGCAACGAAACAGUUUCCCGCAAUGCGCCACCUGCCAAUGACGACGGUGAUGAAUUUCAGAUUUUCAAAAAUAAGAAAAACAAAAUGAGCAAGAAAAAAUUCAGAUUUUCCGAUUGGACUGAUGAAAGUACGUCUUCGCAGAUAGAAAUGAAAGAUAUUUCGGAAUCAACAACUCCUGAUCCUUUGAGGCAAUUGCGUAAACCGUCCCCUGUGUCUAGUGAACUUCCUGAAGCUACUAUUCCGAAGUCUGAAUCAUUCCAAGUUGUUCCUGAAUCCGCCACUGAGCAGUCGAUUUCCGAAGCAGAUAUUUCCCAAGAGUCCUUCACACAAGCUGGCCACAUUGAAUCGUCCAAUUGUACGAAUACAACAUCUGAAAUUCCCAGAGACUUUAUGCACGAGCCCGUGUCGCCAAAACCUGAAGGUGAUUCAGUCAAAGAUUCUUCCCUACGACCUUCCGUUAUCGGCGGCGACAAAUCAUUGGAUGCUAUAACCCAAAGCGAACUGAGGUCCUCUGGAAAUGAAAAUGGUCUUGUUUCAGUUUCUGAGGAAAGGGGGGAGUUUCGGAGCAAACCUCCCAACCUAGGAGGCCCAGAAACUGGAAUUGUUAUUCAAGCCGGUGUUGGGGAAGUUAGAGCAGUCGGAGAGACAGCAGAAGACUUGAUUGCUCUUACAACCGACGACAGUGUUCCGUCUGACGAUCCAGUCUCUAAUACUCUGACAAUGACUGAAGUACAGGCUCUUUCAUUUUCAGUGGAGGAAGUAGCACCACUUUCUCCACAACUAUCUCCACAGCCACCGGUACCUGAAGAUUCUGAUUGUGUGAUAGAGAAUGCGACCAAUAACGACUCAAAUUCUGUAUUGGAACAAGGAAACAUCGUUGUCUCACCGACAAAAGAAAUUGACCUGUUGGCAGUUGAUGAGCCACUUGUAGCGCUAAAGGUGGAGUCCAAAAAACAACUACAGACGAAAGAUGAAGACAGACACAUUUUGAGUAAUAUGGACGCUCAAAAUCUCAUGGGAGCAUAUCUUUCCGAUGUCAUGUUUUCUGAAGAUAUUCUUCUCUCAGCUUUGCCUGAAUCUAGCGAUCCCAAUGCCACAAAGCCAGAUAUAGAGCCAGUACCUAAUCCUCAACUCAACUCUGAGACCGACAGCUGGAAUGUCACGUCAGCAGAAAAAGGGAAGAAAAAGAAUAACAAGAAAAGCCGGGAUACUUAUGAAAAUAGAGCUCCCACAACCAAUGAACCAAAUACUAAUCCUUUUACCGACACCGCCACUACAUUUGAUCCCGGCGAGUUGAUCCUUGACUUGACGAACGAAAAUAUUGAUAGAGAGGCUUGUGACUGGGAUGUACCGAUAACUGAAAAGGAUAAGGAGAAAAACGGAAAGUCUCAUCUUGAAGAAAGUAGUUUUCCCUCUCAGUCAACUGAAAUUCUAGAUAUUACCGAGAAUCCAUCAUUUGCAUCGGUAGAUGCAGAAUAUGAGGAGAGAGAUAUCCUUUUGAGUCUCACCUCCACUGACGAGGGGAAGAAGAAUAUCACGAUAGACCCCGUUUUACAAGGUAACGUCAUUCCUGAUAAGCGGCUUGUGGGUGAGCAUGUGGCAUCUAAAGAAAACGAAAUACAAUUUAAGCAGCGAAAGGCUGAUAGCUUGAACGUCUGGGCCACCAAUCUAGAAAAUGGAGACAAUAAAAAUAAGAAAAUGGGCUCAGCGUUGGGAAAAGAUAAAGUCAUCUAUGAUAACCAUUCUAGUGAAGAUUUUGUGGACGUUUUGGAUGACGCAAAACCAUCUGGAGCAACACAUUUAAAUGCAGAACAGCAGGAGGCUGACGGCUGGAGCACUACAAGCACAAAGGAGGGCAAACCCAAAAAUAGAAAGACGCAAGCUGCUCAAGAUGACCCUUCUCCUUCAGCUGAUCCCGCGCCAUCAGCUGUUCCUGAGCCUCAGACCCAGAUGGAAUUUGACCCUCAGACAGAACUGAGUCACCAGGAAUGGAAUUCUACGUCGGAGAAACCAGGGAAGAAGAAAAUUGGAAACGGUCGAGACGGUCAACCUGAAGGUUCUGUGGUUGCGGAAUGCUUACAUCUCCUGCCCAAGACAACAGAGCCUGAGUCAUCAAAAUCUCAAAGUCGUGGCGCGUCGAAAAAGGAAAAGAAAGCCAAAAAGAAGGGAAAGAGAGAACUUUGGGGUAAUGGUGAUGACAAAGAUGAUGUAGUGAAAACCAUCCAAGUUCCGGAUGAACCGUUUAACACUAUCAACCCCGGUCCUGCUCUUCCAACCGAGACACAAACCACUGAAGCACAAGCUCUCGCCGGGGUCCACGCUACACAGGCACAAAUAAUUGUUGUAGAGAGUUUUGAGAAAGAUGAUUUUCCAAUGCCCGAGAAAACUGCCAGAAGCUUGGUAUUGGAGCAGAAACUGGAGGUUGCUAAUGAAAUUAAGGAAACCCAAUCUGGUGUUGACAAUGAGUCUUUUCUUCCAGCACCGGCUAAUCCUGAGUUGAACCCCCAUGAGACGAAAGGCGACUAUGCAGAUGAGAAUUAUAAGGAUAAUCUUUGGGAAGGACUAUCGAACAAGAAAAUAUUGAAAAAGGAUAAGAAGAAUAAGAAGGGUACAAGGCAUGCUGUGGACGUCGAAGAGAAGGUUGAAAAGCCAGUGGAGGAUGUGAAGGAAGUAGCAGAGCCAAGUCAGGAGGCAGUGCCUGAGAAAAGCAGAUCAUUGAAAAGAUUUCUACCAAAGAAAGAAAAGAAGAAGAAACAACUUCUGAAAUUUGAUGAAGAGUCAACAACGCAACCGGAACUCCUUCCAAUACUUGACGUAUCUGCCACAGAAAUUUCUCCCGAGAAGGACCUUGGAUUCACAGAAGUACCACAAAAACCGGAGCCUACAGAGUCACCAAUAAGAAAGGAAGUCUUCGAGGAACCACAAGAUGAGGAUUACGAUUACUGGCCGUCAAUUGAUUGGCUCCAAGAUAAGACUUCGAGUUCUCAACCUAAGAUACUGUCGAAGCCAAAGGAACCCGAUACAUCGUCACUCGAUUUGUUACUCUCGGGUGAUGAGCCAAACCCAAGAGAGGAUCAUUUCACACAUCAAUCGCCACACUCACCCAAACUAGCUGGUAAUUCUAUUGGCGACUUCGAUGAAGAUGCCAGUCUUGUUGGUCAGAGUGGAGGCGAUAAAUCAGCUGCGGAUUCGCUUUUGUCGUCAUCAGGCAAGCGAAUUCCUGAGCAUAAGUGUGUUAGCGACCGCCGGCCAGAAAGCGUUCUCAGUGGCGAGCUACCUUCUAUUUCACUAGGCGCUGACGUCGGCACUGAAACCCUCCUGGAGGACAUUGAUGUCGAUGGACUCUUGAAAGAAAAUCUCAGUGAACGAUUGCCUUCUCCGCUUUCAGUUCCACAAUCUCUGGAUGCGGCUCUAGCCUUGGAAAAAGGCCCGGCAAUAGAAUCACCUGAAAAUAUGGAAGGUGCUCAUCCAUCUAUUGGAUUUUCAGCGGUGACUAUAAGCGAUGACUUUUGGGCUGUUGGCGGAAGCAAACAGAAAAAGAGUAAGAAAAGUAAAAGGAAAAAGAAAGCGCUUGAACAAGAGGGCUGGGAAAAUUUGAGCCAUUCUGGGCCCCUUGCAGACGAUCCUGCCGAUACCGAGCCUCCUGGUUGCAACACCACCAAAGCGCUAUCCGAAAUGUUCGUUGAAAGCCCCGCUGCGGCUACACAUGUCGAAGCAUUAGAACCUCCUAUAGCACCUGUAAUUACUCGAAUGAAGGAUGACAAUGGCAGUUUUUGUGGGGUAAGUUGUAAGAAAGGAAAGAAUGGCAAGGGUCUAAAGAAGAGACGGAAGGACCAGCAGGACGUCCAUGUUGAUGAAGAUCGAGCUCCCCAUCAACUCCUGGCGGAGACUCUAGAAACGCACGCUCCAAAGGAGGUCACUUCGUCUAGAUCACAUUUGGAGGAGCAUGGCAAAUCACAGCCAUCCGGAGUAGUAGCCAGCGUUUUCCCGUUUCUUGAACGGGUAUCUAGAAGACACCCCUCUCUAAAUGCGGCCCCCAAAGAGACACCCACACAGGAGAUACAAUCAGCCUCAACAAAAGAUCAUAUCUUUCCGCCACUCUCCGACGCAAAAUUUGAUGCUGAGGCCGUUUCUAAGUUCGAAGAUUCCGUGAAAUGCCGACCAAGCCUUGACCCAAUCCCAGAGAUCCCGGCCGCUGUAGGAGAUAACGAUCAUUCAAUAGAUGUGAGUUAUAAGCAUUCAGAGACCGAAUUGCCAGUCAUCGAACACUCUCUUGAGCGAAGGCCGUCUUUUGUGGAUUCAAUAUCGGAAAGGAGGUCCUCAUCUCCAUCACUCCUUUCUUCCCCGUUGACGCGAGUUGACGUGGAGCAUUCUAGGCCAGUUUCCCAUAAACCUGCUGGAGGCGAACUUUCCCAAUCCCCCACCGUUUACCAGGACUCUAAAAGUCUUCUGAGUGGGUCGUCUGUUAUUCUGCCGGCUAUCAGCCCUAGGCGACAGAUACAGACAGGAGCUAGUCCCAAAAUUCCUCCUCUAGAACAACCUCACUCAAUAUUUGGAGGCCCUUUUGGACUUGGGGGCGACCAUGAUGUGAUGGUAUCUCCUCCACGGACCCCACUUGCGACGAUAAAAGAACAUGUUCCAACAGACUCUCCGCGCAAUGCGCGUAACCGCGAGCUUUCUGACGUUGGAUCGCGUGACAGAGGAGUGAAAGCUGCCCGGCAUACAGAAAACACACACCUUGCAUUUGGGCCAAAGCAUGUGUUAACACCACCUAAAUUCAAUCAUGCUUCAACACCAUCACAUUCGAGCAGCGAUGCGGCGGCAGAUAGAGGUUUAGCGUCCCAGCUAGACAUGUUGGAUAUCCCGAAAAAGCGGCGUGUUGAUCGGUUCCCCACCAGCCAAAGGCGGUCUCCAGGUAACCCGCAUUCCCACGAGUGGACAACAUCAUCCGAACAUAGGGAACCCUCACAAUCUCUCAGCGUUGGUAGCACAGUCUCUUCGGGAGGUUCUCCAGUUCCAGGGCUGCGUCGGGCAGCAAGCAAAAACGACAAAAUCACCAGAUCCAUGUCACGUGACUCAAACCGCGACGUGGAGGGCAUUGCUUCGUCAAGUCAUUACGACCCAGUCAUUGACAAAGGAAAGCGACCGGUGCGUGGCAUGGCGGAUGUCUACGAAGGUUGGGGUGACGUGCCAGGCAGUUCCCCGCGUUCGCCAACCCGCCCACCGAGCAUGCGGAGACGACGCAGCUUGCAACAUCUCCAGGACCUCGAAACCCGCGUCGACCAUCUCGUAUCUGAAAAUCGCCUACUUUCCACAGCAAAAGCCAAUGCAGAGAAAUCCCUCGAAUCCCAGACCAUCGCCCAGAGACAGGCGGAGCGAGCACUACAAACACGUGACCAGGAUAUCUGCAGCAAGGAUUUGGAGAUACUACAGCUGAAGAACACUUUGGAGUGGUUCAAGAAGGAAAUUGCGCGCUUAAUAGAGACAAAUGAUGUGCUUACAGCAACUAACACUGGGCUGGUGGCCUCUCAUGCGUCCGAAAUGAGGCAGCACGCUGAAUCCAAGCAACAUCUAUUCGAGUCACAACAAAGUUUAAGGGAACUUCAGGAUGAACACUCUCAGCUGUCUGCCGGCCUGGAAGGGAUUGUACAGAAUGAGAUAAAUAACAUCUUGGCGGAGAAGAAUGCUGAACUUGAACACUUGCGUGCUGAACUAGCCAACGCGCGGGACAAGGUCAAGGAACUUCAAAUACAGAUCAUGGAGACCAUGGCUGACGAUGUGCUCGUUUUUCGGGAUGAAGAUUACUUCGAUGCACAAUGUCAAAAGCUUUGCCAACAUGUACAACAGUGGGUGUUGCGGUUCUCCAAGUUCUCGGACAUGCGGCUGUGUCGACUUACCAGCGCACUCCGCGACGAGAAAGUCGCAGCGCGGUUCGCAAAUGCCAUCCUUGAUGGCUCAGAUGUCGAUACAUAUCUUUCCGAUCGUGUUCGACGAAGAGACGUGUUUAUGUCAGUGGUGAUGACGCUGGUUUGGGAAUACAUCUUCACUCGAUAUCUCUUUGGCAUGGAUCGGGAACAAAGACAGAAAUUAAAGACCUUGGAAAAGCAGCUGAGUGAGGUAGGACCACCAAGUGCCGUCCAGCAAUGGAGAGCUACGACGCUCGCACUUCUUUCUAAGCGACAAGCGUUUCAUGAACAGCGUUCCAGUGACACCGAAGCAGUGGUGCAGGAAAUCUAUUAUACUCUUUCCAAGCUGCUACCCCCUCCGCGCGACUUAGAAAGUACAAUACUGGAGUCCUUGCGGAACGUCAUGCGAGCAGCGGUGGAUCUUUCUAUCGAAAUGCGCACGCAACGGGCUGAGUACAUCAUGCUGCCACCUUUACAACCAGAACACAAUGCCAAUGGCGAACUAGCCCGCAAGGUACACUUCAAGGCCGCUCUAAUGAAUGAGCGAAGCGGCGAGACAACGUCGAACGAAGAGCUCGAGGCACAAGAAGCGGUUGUGAGGAUAGUGCUGUUCCCGCUCGUGGUCAAGAAGUGCAGUGACGAAGGGGACGGCGAUGAAGAGAUUGUGGUGUGUCCGGCGCAAGUGCUUGUUGCGCGACCGGGGAAGGAUAGGAAGGUCGUGAGGGUGCUUAGUGGGGACCGGAUGUCUAUUGACCAGACAAACCAGUCGAUACAGAGCCUUCCGUCCAUCAGCAUAGAUCCGGGCAACGUGAUAUGA